UCACCUCCCUUACCCGUAAUGGUCCGCUAUUCUAUAUUUCAUGUUUUUGGGGAAAUAAGAAAACAGUAGCCUACAGACCUAUUUCUUAUUUCCCUAUAUAAGAUUUUGUGGUUGGGGAAAAUGCUCCAAGUUGUUAGGCAUACACAGCAAUACAUUCCGGGUUAGAAAUUAGGAAUGUGGCUUGGAAUGUUAUAACGUUGUUAUAAACAUGUUUGACUUUUUUGUGCGUAAUCAGAGCUGAUUUUAUUCUAGCGUCAUACAUACCCUUCACUCAGUGACCAACCAAAAUGGCUAUCCCCUCCCCUCAAUUUCACGCGUAAAUUACCCGAGUGAAUGGUAAUCGAAACGGAGUUACCUGAAUAGCCAGCCUACUCAUGUAUCUAUUUUUCUCUGCCCUGGUUGAACGUUUGUGAAGUUGUUUGUCUUUAUGUCCCUCAACAGAAACGACAAUGAAUACAAUGUGCGUAGUAUGAGCAACCCCAUCCGCGUCAUGAGGAAGAAAGUGACGGACGACAGAGAGCGGCGGAGUCUCAUCAGAGCACCGUCUGAAUCGAGCACCAACAACCCUGGCGUCACCGUCACCUCUGCCGCCUACGAACCGGAGCUGGCCACCGACCAGGAUGUUACACCGGUGUUCGUGUACGUCUUGGCGUUUUUUUCUGCCCUGGGUGGCUUCCUUUUUGGCUAUGACACCGGGGUGGUCUCUGGGGCUAUGCUUCUCCUGAAAAAAGAAAUGCAUUUGACCGCUCUAUGGCAGGAGUUGUUGGUCUCCAGUACUGUGGGUGCAGCGGCGCUCUCUGCUCUGGCUGGCGGGACUCUGAAUGGGCUCUUCGGGCGCAGGAUCUGCAUACUAAUGGCCAGCUUCAUUUUUACUGCUGGAGGAGUUGUGUUAGGUGCUGCUCCAAACAAGGAGGUUCUUCUUGUCGGAAGGAUUACAGUUGGUUUGGGAAUAGGGAUUGCCUCCAUGACGGUUCCUGUUUACCUUGCGGAGGUCUCCCCACCACACCUGAGGGGUCAGCUGGUCACCACUUACACCCUCUUCAUCACAGCCGGACAGUUUAUUGCCAGUGUUGUGGACGGGGCCUUUACUUACCUGCACCACAAUGGCUGGAGGUACAUGUUGGGUCUGUCCAUUGUCCCUGCGGUGCUCCAGUUCUUUGGUUUCCUAUUCCUGCCAGAGAGUCCCCGCUGGCUCCUUCAGAAGGGCCUUACCCAGCAGGCCAGGCAGGUGCUCAGCAGGAUCCGCGGGGGUCAGAACAUUGAAAAGGAGUAUGACAGCAUGAGGACCAACAUCGAGGAUGAGGAGAAGGAUGCAGGAGGUGGCCUAGUAUUGUGGCGUAUGCUGACUCGCCCUCCCACCCGCAGAGCCCUGAUCGUAGGCUGCGGCCUGCAGAUGUUCCAACAGCUCUCUGGGAUCAACACUGUCAUGUACUACAGCGCCACCAUCCUACAGAUGGCGGGAGUGAGGGACGACAAGCAGGCCAUCUGGUUGGCUUCCGCCACCGCCGCCACCAACUUCCUGUUCACCCUGGUGGGGGUGUGGCUUGUGGAAAGAGUCGGUCGCAGGAAGCUUACGCUGGGGAGCUUAAUGGGUACUGCUUUGAGUCUGACGGUCUUGGCUAUAGGGUUCCUGUUAUCGGCCCAGCACUCCCCUGCAGUCACUCUCCACCCCACUGACACCUCUCUCAACUCCACCUCCUGCACACUAUAUGGGUCCUGUCAGCCCUGCAUGUUGGAUCCUGACUGUGGGUUCUGUUACCGUGAGAACGGUUCCACUGUAUACAACUCUUCCUGCAUACCUGUCAAUAAAACAUCGACCGAUGAAGCCGCCUGGGGCAGGUGUUCCAAUCCCAGCCAGGUCAGUGAUGGGUCUCUCUGGGCCUAUAACUACUGCCCCACUUCCUACUCCUGGAUAGUGCUGCUUGGGCUCAUUCUCUACCUGGCUUUUUUUGCUCCAGGUAUGGGGCCCAUGCCGUGGACAGUGAACAGUGAGAUCUACCCUCUGUGGGCCAGGAGCACUGGGAAUGCCUGUUCAGCCGGAGUCAACUGGAUCUGUAACGUCCUGGUGUCACUCACCUUCCUCCACGUCGCUGAGUACCUCACCUACUAUGGUGCAUUCUUCCUCUACUCAGGCCUGAGUGUUCUGGGGCUGCUGUUUGUGAUGGGCUGUCUGCCAGAGACCCAGGGCCGCAGGCUGGAGGAGAUGGAGGCCCUGUUCUCUGGAAACCUCUGCUCCUGCAGUGCGUCUGACGGGGAUGGGGACGGAUCCAGAAACAUCCUGUACAACAGGGUAAAAGGGAGCGACAUCCUCUCAGACAAUGAUGACUCGGACAUGGAGUAGACGUGGCGCGUCAAGGAACCUCUCUCUCACACCUUCAUGUCUUUUGAUUGGUGGAUUUACAGGCAGUGGUGUUAAACUCACUUGACUGGGCCUUUAGCAUAUAGCAGCUCUCCUAACUGGCUGGUGGACGAGACUUCAACUCUCCUAACUGGCUGGUGGACGAGACUUCAACUCUCCUAACUGGCUGGUGGACGAGACUUCAACUCUCCUAACUGACUGGUGGACGAGACUUCAACUCUCCUAACUGACUGGUGGACGAGACUUCAACUCUCCUAACUGGCUGGUGGACGAGACUUCAACUCUCCUAACUGGCUGGUGGACGAGACUUCAACUCUCCUAACUGGCUGGUGGACGAGACUUCAACUCUCCUAACUGGCUGGUGGACGAGACUUCAACUCUCCUAACUGACUGGUGGACGAGACUUCAACUCUCCUAACUGACUGGUGGACGAGACUUCAACUCUCCUAACUGACUGCUGGACGAGACUUCAACUCUCCUAACUGACUGGUGGACGAGACUUCAACUCUCCUAACUGGCUGGUGGACGAGACUUCAACUCUCCUAACUGACUGCUGGACGAGACUUCAACUCUCCUAACUGACUGGUGGACGAGACUUAAACUCUCCUAACUGGCUGGUGGACGAGACUUCAACUCUCCUAACUGACUGCUGGACGAGACUUCAACUCUCCUAACUGACUGCUGGACGAGACUUCAACUCUCCUAACUGGCUGGUGGACGAGACUUCAACUCUCCUAACUGGCUGGUGGACGAGACUUCAACUCUCCUAACUGGCUGGUGGACGAGACUUCAACUCUCCUAACUGACUGGUGGACGAGACUUCAACUCUCCUAACUGACUGGUGGACGAGACUUCAACUCUCCUAACUGACUGGUGGACGAGACUUCAACUCUCCUAACUGACUGGUGGACGAGACUUCAACUCUCCUAACUGGCUGGUGGACGAGACUUCAACUCUCCUAACUGGCUGGUGGACGAGACUUCAACUCUCCUAACUGACUGGUGGACGAGACUUAAACUCUCCUAACUGGCUGGUGGACGAGACUUCAACUCUCCUAACUGACUGCUGGACGAGACUUCAACUCUCCUAACUGACUGGUGGACGAGACUUCAACUCUCCUAACUGGCUGGUGGACGAGACUUCAACUCUCCUAACUGACUGGUGGACGAGACUUCAACUCUCCUAACUGACUGGUGGACGAGACUUCAACUCUCCUAACUGGCUGGUGGACGAGACUUCAACUCUCCUAACUGACUGGUGGACGAGACUUCAACUCUCCUAACUGACUGGUGGACGAGACUUCAACUCUCCUAACUGGCUGGUGGACGAGACUUCAACUCUCCUAACUGGCUGGUGGACGAGACUUCAACUCUCCUAACUGGCUGGUGGACGAGACUUCAACUCUCCUAACUGACUGGUGGACGAGACUUCAACUCUCCUAACUGGCUGGUGGACGAGACUUCAACUCUCCUAACUGGCUGGUGGACGAGACUUCAACUCUCCUAACUGACUGGUGGACGAGACUUCAACUCUCCUAACUGACUGGUGGACGAGACUUCAACUCUCCUAACUGGCUGGUGGACGAGACUUCAACUCUCCUAACUGACUGGUGGACGAGACUUCAACUCUCCUAACUGACUGGUGGACGAGACUUCAACUCUCCUAACUGGCUGGUGGACGAGACUUCAACUCUCCUAUCUGACUGGUGGACGAGACUUCAACUCUCCUAACUGACUGGUGGACGAGACUUCAACUCUCCUAUCUGACUGGUGGACGAGACUUCAACUCUCCUAUCUGACUGGUGGACGAGACUUCAACUCUCCUAACUGGCUGGUGGACGAGACUUCAACUCUCCUAACUGACUGGUGGACGAGACAAAUGUUCUAUGCAUUUGUUUCUGUCCUUGGAUUUGGUCAUUUCUUUAGCUCCAGUAGUAGUAAGGUGGUACUAUCUGGAGAUGUGUGGCUUCUCAGCCAGGACCAACGUUUUUUAAAUUUUUUAUUGGCACACUAGCCUUAAUUUGUUUGAAUAUUUUGAUGACAUUACUAUAUUUAUUCAUCCUUUGCUACAGAUUGCACAUUGAUAAACCUAAUGAAAUUAACCUUUCCUUUCAGAAGUUUCGGGAUUCUUUUUUUGCCUUGCAUUCAAAACAAUCAAAGUGCACAUGAUCAAAUGCAGUCCUGUGGUGUUCCACGUGCUUGUCUUGGUGGAUUAUCAUGUCUGCUUGUCUUGGUGGAUUAUCAUGUCUGCUUGUCUUGGUGGAUUAUUACGUCUUGGUGGAUUAUCACGUCUGCUUGUCUGGGUGGAUUAUUAUGUCUGCUUGUCUUGGUGGAUUAUCAUGUCUGCUUGUCUUGGUGGAUUAUCAUGUCUGCUUGUCUUGGUGGAUUAUUACGUCUUGGUGGAUUAUCAUGUCUGCUUGUCUGGGUGGAUUAUUAUGUCUGCUUGUCUUGGUGGAUUAUCAUGUCUGCUUGUCUGGGUGGAUUAUUAUGUCUGCUUGUCUUGGUGGAUUAUCAUGUCUGCUUGUCUGGGUGGAUUAUUAUGUCUGCUUGUUUUGGUGGAUUAUUACGUCUUGGUGGAUUAUUAUGUCUGCUUGUCUUGGUGGAUUAUUAUGUCUGCUUGUUUCAUACCUACUGUAUUUAUACAAAUUAAAGCCUACAUGCAUUUUUUUGUAGGUUGGCAUGGCAA